AUGGAUGUAAGGGGCAAAGGAGGGAGCAAUCACGAAGCUUCACCGACGAAACUGCCCUACCUUCCUGGAGAGUUAAUCACAGAAAUUUUCCUUCGAUCACAUGCUAGGUCAUUAGGGAGAUUCAGAUGCUUAUCAAAGCCUUUUCACUCUCUGUUGUCCGAUCCCAACUUUGCGAAGAAACAUGUAGAUCAUAACACGGUACGUUUUGGCCACCGCAGACUUAUCCUAUCUUCUAAUAGUAGUCUUAAUCUAUAUGGUUUGUUGUCCGAUCCCAAGUUUACGAUAAUGCAUCUCGAUCAUAACGCUGUACGUUCGAGACACCGUAGACCUUGUAAUAAUCUAUUUGCUGUGGAUUUUGAUUCGAUCCGUGAUGGUUGUGGAGGAAUUAGGGAUUUGACUGCCGUGGUACUAGAUGACCCGCUUAAAGAAGAUGAAUAUGACCUGAAAUUGGAUUCAGGUGUAAUAUAUAGAACAAGUAGCGUUUAUAUCUCCGGAUCUUCGAACGGGUUGGUGUUGGUGCGUAUGGCUUCGAAUGCGAAUGGUGUCUUCUUGUGUAACCCGACCACCGGAGAAUCCAAGAGACUACCGGACGUGCCUGAAUAUCUGCGUUCCAGUUCCAGUGAAACUUGGUUUAGUUAUGGUUUUGGUUUCGAUUCUCUGACCAAUGAUUACAAAGUGGUGAACUGUAUUGAUCAUGGUAACGACUAUUAUGUCUACUCACUGAAGAAAGAUUCGUGGAGGCGGAGGAUAUGCAAUAUUCCUUAUACGGGAGUCUCUUUGACGAGCUCUGUGGAACUCAACGGGGCGAUCCAUUGGAUUUCCCUGAUUAGUGGGGAGGAGAAUCUCAGAUAG